GCUGGAGGUGUGGCAUCUGGACUAAAUCAUGUUCUCACCAAUGACUUGACAGCUGAGAGGCUCCUCCACGUGAAGGGUCGAAGAGUGGUCAGGGCCACAGAAGUUCCCCUCAACUGGGACAGUUUCAACAAGGGUGACUGCUUCAUCAUAGACCUUGGCACUGAAAUCUACCAGUGGUGUGGUUCUUCAUGCAACAAAUAUGAGCGUCUAAAAGCCAGCCAGGUUGCCAUCAGCAUCAGAGACAAUGAGAGGAAAGGAAGGUCCCAGCUUGUCGUGGUGGAGGAAGGAGAUGAACCCCUAGAGCUCAUAAAGGUUUUAGGGGAAAAGCCAGAGCUUCCAGAUGGAGACAACGAUGAUGACGCUAUUGCAGACAUAAAUAACAGGAAGAUGGCGAAGCUCUAUAUGGUUUCAGAUGCAAGUGGAUCCAUGAGCGUGACGGUGGUGGCGGAGGAAAACCCCUUCUCCAUGGCCAUGCUGCUUUCUGAAGAGUGCUUUAUUUUGGACCAUGGUGCUGCAAAACAAAUUUUUGUGUGGAAAGGUAAAGAUGCUAAUCCCCAGGAGAGGAAGGCUGCGAUGAAGACAGCUGAAGAAUUUCUACAGCAAAUGAAUUAUUCCACCAAUACCCAAAUUCAGGUUCUUCCGGAAGGAGGUGAAACACCAAUCUUCAAACAGUUCUUUCAGGACUGGAAAGAUAAAGAUCAGAGUGAUGGCUUUGGGAAAGUAUAUGUCACAGAGAAAGUGGCUCGGGUACAACAAAUUCCAUUUGAUGCCUCACAAUUGCACAGCUCUCCACAGAUGGCAGCCCAGCACAACAUGGUGGACGAUGGUUCUGGUGAAGUGGAGAUCUGGCGUGUAGAAAGCAAUGGUAGGGUUGAAAUUGACCAAAACUCAUAUGGUGAAUUCUAUGGUGGUGACUGCUACAUUAUCCUCUACACCUACCCCCGAGGACAGGUUAUCUACAUGUGGCAAGGAGCAAAUGCCACGAGAGAUGAGCUGACGACAUCUGCAUUCUUGACUGUUCAGUUGGAUCGGUCCCUUGGAGGGCAGGCUGUGCAGGUCCGUGUCUCCCAAGGCAAAGAGCCUGCUCACCUGCUGAGUUUGUUCAAAGACAAACCACUCAUCAUUUACAAGAAUGGAACAUCAAAGAAAGGAGGGCAGGCACCUGCUCCCCCUACGCGCCUCUUCCAAGUCCGGAGGAACCUGGCAUCCAUCACCAGAAUUGUAGAGGUGGAUGUGGAUGCAAAUUCAUUGAAUUCCAAUGAUGCUUUUGUCCUGAAACUGCCACGCAACAGUGGCUACCUCUGGAUGGGGAAAGGUGCCAGCCAGGAGGAGGAGAAAGGAGCAGAGUAUGUGGCAAACGUCCUCAAGUGCAAAACUGCACGGAUUGAGGAAGGCGAGGAGCCAGAGGAGUUUUGGAGCUCCCUGGGAGGGAAAAAAGACUACCAGACUUCACCGCUGCUAGAGACACAGGCUGAAGAUCAUCCACCUCGGCUGUUUGGCUGCUCCAACAAAACUGGAAGAUUCACUAUUGAAGAGGUCCCAGGAGAGUUCACCCAGGACGAUUUAGCGGAGGACGAUGUCAUGUUACUGGAUGCUUGGGAACAGAUAUUUAUUUGGAUUGGCAAAGAUGCCAAUGAAGUUGAGAAAACAGAAUCACUGAAGUCUGCCAAAAUGUACCUCGAGACAGACCCUUCUGGAAGAGAUAAGAGGACACCUGUUGUCAUUGUGAAACAGGGGCACGAGCCACCCACAUUCACAGGCUGGUUCCUGGGCUGGGAUUCCAGCAGGUGGUAAACUGACAAAAGUCAGAAACAAACAUUAGGGGCAAAUUAGGCAGUUGUCCCAUUGCUGUUGAGACUUUUUGUUUGCCUGGCUUUAGAAAAUUAA